AUGAUCCCAGACGUCGCAACUGAUUACCAUGUCGAGGUGAUGGUCUUGUUGAGUGACGCUAUUAUUCACGAGACCAGAGCUGAUGUCAUCAAGCCGUUCUUGCGUGCCGAUUUCCCUGAAGAAAAGCUCGACGAAUACUUGAGGUAUGGACGUCCUUCUGAGAACCCUGCUUUCAAGCAAGGUUUGAAAGAUGUCGUUAAUAGGAGUCCCACCAGCACAGCCCAACAGUUUGUUAUCUUGACCAACGUGUUGGACUCCCGUAUCUUAUCACCUUUGUUGACUGGAACAACCAAGUUGAUCAGAGAAAUGACUCUUGAAGAGAGGGAAGCUUUGAUCAAAUCGUGGAGAGAUUCUUUCAUUUUGGCCAAGAGAAAGUUAUACAGAUCAGUGCAUGCAUUGACCAUUUCUUGUUUUGUUCGAUUUUCAAGCGAAUUGCACCACUUGGCCGUAGAUUUCCCUGAAAGAGAAGUAAGCGAGUCUCUUAACGACGGGCUCGUAGGCGAUACUUUCAAGUACUCCAUCUUGGACAGACCACUGGUACAGGACUGGGUCUUGGAAGAUAUCGACGUAGUAAUCAUUGGUUCUGGUAGCGGAGCCGGUGUCGUUGCCCACACUCUUGCUUCUGAAGGCUACAAAUCGUUGGUUCUCGAAAAGGGUAAGUAUUACUCUAACGACGAAUUGUCCUUCAACGAUGACGAAGGAUACAAAAACUUGUAUGAAAAUGGAGGUACGGUUGUAUCCUCCAACACGCAGAUCACGGUGUUGGCUGGCUCUACUUUCGGAGGUGGUUCGACAGUCAACUGGUCUGCAUGUUUGAAGACCACAUUCAAGGUGAGAAAGGAAUGGUACGACGAGUUCGGAAUCGACUGGAUUGCAACUGAAGACUAUGACAACUGUAUGGACUACGUGUUCGACAAAAUGGGAGCUUCUGUAGACGGCAUUGAACAUUCAUUGGCCAAUCAGGUUGUUAUUGAUGGUGCUGAGAAGUGUGGCUAUAAACAUAAGACUAUCCACCAAAACACCGGCAACCAAAAACAUGACUGUGGACUCUGUUAUAAGGGGUGUAAGUCUGGUAUCAAACAGGGAUCUGCGAACUGCUGGUUCCGUGAUGCUGCUAACAAAGGCACGCAAUUCUUGGAUCAGGUCGUCGUAUUGAAGUUAUUGCAUAGAAAUGGCAAGGCCGUGGGAGUCUUGUGUGAAGACAAGGUUACCGGCAAGAAGUUCAAGAUCAGUGGAGCCAAGAAGUAUGUAGUCAGUGGUGGAUCUUUAAACACUCCUGUUAUUUUGCAAAACUCAGGAUUCAAAAACAAACACAUCGGGUCCAACUUGAAGUUGCAUCCCGUGACAGCUAUGCUUGGAGAUUUUGGCAGGGAUGUCAAGAGUGACCCCUUCAUCAAACCCAUCAUGACUUCUGUCUGUACAGAGCGUGACGAUUUGGAUGGCAAAGCUCAUGGCGCUAAAGUAGAGACUUUGUUGGCUACACCUUACAUAGAGUCUAUUUUCUACCCUUGGAACGGCAGUGAUGGCCUUAGACAAGACUUGUUGAGAUACCAACUGAUUGCUCCUAUGUUGAUUAUCACCCGUGAUAAGUCAAGCGGUACCGUCAGAGCCGAUCCGAAGAAACCCGGAUCUAUCAUUAUCGACUACGAAGUUAAUGUCUUUGAUCGUAAUGCUCUCUUGCAGACUUCUUUGAUAGCGGCAGAUUUGUUAUAUAUAGAAGGAGCCAAAGAAAUUAUUGGUCCUCAGUUCAAGUCUCCAAGGUUCAAGUCUGAUAAGCCAAAGGAGCAGAGGACGCUUCAGGACAAGGACUAUGUCGCGUGGAGAAAGAAGUUCGAAUCUAUUCCAUUCGACUUCUAUGCUACAGCCUACGGUAGUGCCCAUCAGAUGAGUACAUGUCGUAUUUCUGGUAAGGGACCUAGUCAGGGAGCUUUAGACCAGCAUGGUCGUCUCUACGAAUGCAAGAACGUCUAUGUUGCAGAUGCCUCCGUUAUGCCUACAGCCAGUGGUGUCAAUCCCAUGGUGACUACGAUGGCUUUUGCCAGACACAUUGCUUUGGACAUUGUGAAGGACUUGAAACAAACCUCCAAGCUUUAG